AAUUUUUCUCCGGAGGAAACAAAAUUUUAAUCAGAGUGAAAACUGAGUACAACCGACUGUAACGAAACCCCACCAGAGUCAACCAUCGGCGGCGACUGAAAUGGCGAAAUCGUCAACGGCGAAGGAUGCUCUGGCACUUAUCCGCUCUCUCCGAUCUGCUUAUGCAGCUACUCCAACCAACCUAAAGAUCAUCGAUCUGUACAUCGUUUUUGCUGUCGCGACGGCCCUAAUUCAGGUUGUAUACAUGGCCCUUGUUGGUUCAUUCCCCUUCAACUCUUUUCUCUCUGGAGUUCUUUCCUGUGUUGGAACUGCAGUUCUUGCCGUUUGUCUCCGGAUUCAAGUAAACAAAGAAAACAAGGAAUUCAAGGAUUUACCACCAGAACGGGCUUUUGCCGAUUUUGUUCUCUGUAACCUGGUACUCCAUUUGGUGAUCAUGAACUUCCUUGGUUAAGCGGAUUCCCUCUGCAUCAGAGAAGGCAUAGGACCUAUUUCAGAAUUACUUUGAUAUAAAUUAUGUGUUUUUUUUUUUUUUUUGGAAAUGGGAUAUAGAUGAUAUGUUGAGACGUGUUUGUUUGUUUCUCGAUACCUCUUGGGCUGGAAAUCGUUGGAGUUGUUAGUAGUGCUAGCCUGAUUUUGUAGGAGUUGAAAGAAAGCACAAUGGAUGUCGGAGGUUGAUACUUUUACCAUUCAAAUGGAAACUGCAGUCAACAAUGUUUAGUCGGCCAACUGUUAUAUUCAAGAGAAUGUUCAUGAUAAAGUCUUCAAUAUAGUUGAACCUAGAUGCAAAUACAAAAUGCCUCUCCGGAAACUAAUAAAUAUCAUAGUGAUACUGAGUUGAAAACCGUGUAACAGUGUGAAUGAUGGCACA